GAUGUAUACAUGGCUGAGUGGUCUUCUGUGGAAAAACCACAUUCAUUUAUUUGUGACUAUGCCACAGAAAGCAUAUCUUCUAUUGUGUGGAAAAAAAAUGAAGCAUCUUAUUUUUCAUGUUUUGCUUAUAACAUGCCAACAUGUGUUCCAGCGGAUGAGAACAGUAGUUUAUAUUACGAGGCAAAUUUGACAUCAAAUGCCGCGUCAUACACAAGUGUAUUUACAAUAAAGUCUGUACAAUUAGUUCAUCAUAACACAAUUUGGAUUUGUCAACCCGAUUUGACUACAGCAUCUGCAAAACAGUAUAAUCUCUAUGUUUUUGGUGAGAAAUUGUUUUCGUAAAGAUUAAACAUAAUUUGUAUAUAUAUAUAUUUAUAUUAAUGAUUCAGUUAUAAGCUAAAAGAAGAGUUUAAAGAUUGAAUUUUGAACCCUGUAAAUACAAUCAUAAUUCGAGCUAUGAACUCAAUGAUUAAAUGUAAUUAGAAAUAAAAUAAAAUUCAUUUAAUUAUUUUUUCAAAGCACCUGCUAAAACACCAAGAUGUGAUAGUGUAACUCUUCUUAAUGACACCAACAUUGAGAUACAUUGCUACACGGACAUCGUUUUCCCAUUAGCUGUUUGCGGAUUUUAUGUAAAUACCAAUGUAAGUAAAUCAUAUUUUUAGAAUUGUCUUUUAAUUUAAGAAACUUAAAAAAAUAAAAAAAUUAACAAAUUAAAAUGAAAGGAACGUUGAUAAUAGAGAAAUGGUAGGCCUAAAAAAAAGUAUCUGCUAAUCCGCUUUAAGAACACUUUGUGGUGAAAACGUAAGUAAAAUCUAUAACCAAAAAUGUAUUUAAGAUAUGAAAAUUAAUAUAAAUUAUCCUUUUGGCUAAACAUUAAUUUUUAAAAUAAUUUUAAUAUGUUUAAAUGUAUCUGUGUUUACAACAGGCUACAAGAGAAGUAAAACUAACCAAUGGAUCCAUCUCCUAUAUCAGCCAACCAUCACUCACUAAGGGAUAUAAUAGGACUGAUUGUACCUACACUAUAUCUGCUUACGUUUUAGGAAGUGGAACACAUUUAUUUAGCGUUGAAAUGUAUCCAAAUAUAACAUCGAAUAUAACAGAUGAAAUAAAAAGUAGAGGACAAUACAAUGACCCUACUAUGAUAGGUAAAACUGAACUUUUUUUUUUAUAUUGAGCAAAGUAAAUUACUCUUGUUUACAUAUAUGACAAAAUAUAGAAUUGCAAAAACAGAACAACAUACUAAUAUAUCUCUCUAAGUUCGAUAUGGGUUUGUUUGUUAGACACCUAUAGUUCUAAAAACCAGUGAAUCUAGAGAGCAGACAUUUUCCAGAUUAAUUCAUAGUUACUCUUGAAUCCUUAUAGGACUGGUCAUUAUUUUUUCUGAGCUCUGGUAGGCAUACUUUUUACAAAAUUUGGAUUUUCCCCAUAUUGAGCAAUACACAAAAAAGUUAUAAUUUUGAGCUAACGCUAUUUUGGUCAUGCAGUAUUUAGAUAUGUCUCUCCUUUAUGAGAUAAAUAUUAAUAUUUAAAGGACGGCAUACAAGCUGUCGGAAGAAAAUAGUUCAAAAAGAUAAAUUUGUCACAGCCUAUGUCUUUUCCUUUUAAGACAGGCGCCACAAUAUUAAUAAUUUAAAAGAAAAUGUCUGCCGAAUUUUGUAAACAAUUUUAGUGAUAUUAUUUUUAAAGGUGAACCGCAACCAUAAUAUGAUAAAUUUAGUUCUUUAUGGAACAGUUUUCUAAUGUUAAUUUGAAUUUGAAUCGUAAUUUUUGUUUUUAUUUUAUAGGGCCUCGUCCAGUAAUUAUUUAUAUGACAAUUUACUAAAUACACGGUUAUUAUUAUUAUUUUUUAAAUUUACACAAAUUAUAAUGUUUUUAACAUGAAUAUUAUAUUACAAAGUUAUUUUAACUUUUAUAUAUAUAAUUUCAUCGUUAAAUUAAUUUAAAAAAUCCAUUCUUAUCUAAAAUUUCUUUUAAUUAGAUAAAUAAUCAUGAGGUCGGGGCAUUUUUUUGCCUUGAGGUGAUUUUUGGCCGCCAUAUUGACAAUCUUUUCAAACUUCACUGAAGAUGUGAAGGCUACGCGCAAAAAAUUUGUAAUCAUGGCUCAAAAUGAAUCCUCCUACGGUGCUAAAAAUUAUAACGGAAAUCAAGAAGUUAUACGUGUCUAAUAAGUAAACAGCCUAUACAACAUUUUUUUUGGUUAUAAGUCCUUUAUAAAUACAUAUCGAGCAGGGGAAUGGGGCUUAAAAUUUGACAAAACCUGCAUACCAAUAAUGUCCUUUAUAAAAUUUCUUAUUAGUGCUUAUCACUCCCACUCCCACCCGCAAAAUGCUAACAACCGCACAAUAUUCUUUUUUUUCACGCCCCUAACACAUAUUAAUUUUCAAUUGGCCAUACGCUUUUACACAGCCAUAUCACUAUACCUACUGUUUCCGUAAAACAAAAGAAACUAACGCACUGAAAGCAGAUGCGAUAUUUUUAAAGAAUUUAAUUUAGCGAGGUUAUCGUGAACUUUAUUUCGUGAAAUCAGUUACGUUAUACUUCUUUCAUCUUUCCCUUGAAAUAUAGGAAAUAUCAAUGUUUUAGGUGGUGAAUGUGAGGUUAGGUCUGACGAUUUGAAAGAAUGGGUUGUCAUCGGUAACAAGGCUACGAGUCAAGUUUCAACUCGCUAGUUUGAUGGGAAUUAUCCAUUAGCCGUCCGAAAAUUUUGCCCCAAAAACUCAAAAGCGAAGUUUAAAAUAUUUUAAAACAAGAGGAAGACAGAUGUGAUUAUUUUUUCUUCCUGAUAAAAUUUUCGCUCUAAAAGGUAAGUUUUUCCUAAUUUUAUGACAACUAAAAUACUCUUCAAUUAUAUCGAAAGAAUGUAAAACAAAUAUAUUUACAUUGAUCAGCAGUAAUACCUACAUGUACGUGAACAUAAAUAGUUAAGCUUUCAUCAAAUAAUUUGUCGUUACUGUGUAUUUAGUGUAUUUGUUCACAGGCGUAAUAGUUUGACAUUUUUUUUUGUUUACACUGAAUACGAUAAAAAGGUGCAAUAACUUUUUGAUCUAUAAUUUUUUUAAAAUUCAUUUACAUUUUGUUCAGUUAUUUAAUCAAAAGAUGUAAGCUUGUAUUUAUUGUUGCAUUUUAUUAUUAUUUUACAGAAUUUAUUGAGAGUUGUGACUAGGAUACUUGCCAAAUGAAACAUCCUUAUCGUUUUUCAAGUUUAAUUUAAAUCAAUGAGAGGAAGAUGCUUUGGAAAUCUACAAAAUGCAAUAUUAGGACAAAUAUACUACCUUGGUCUUAAACUGGACUUUCAGUUGAUGAAAAUGAAAUGUAUGCAUUUAUUGGACUAAUAAUCCACAAUCUCUAAUUGUGUGAACUGUUACUAGAUAAAUUGAGUUGAUUGACAUGAUUAAUGAAUUCAUAAUUUGUUAAAACGUAUGCCAACAAACCAGGAUAUAAAAAUAAUACAAUAACGUUUCUAAAAGAAACUUGAAUAGACUACUGACAACAGGUAGAGUUUAUUUUUAUUUUUGAUCCCAAUUAAUGUAUAGGAAUGCAAGUACGGUAUUUAAAAAAACAGUUUAACAGUUUAAAGAAGGACACAAAUGAUAGGAUAUUCUUAUUAUAUAAAAGUAAAAUGAUACCGUUAUUUACAAUCAUAACUCAAUGAUUUAUAACUUCUUGCAGAGUUAAUACAUACUUUUACAGUUUUUGAUAAAAGAUGGCAAAUUUUUAAUAAAUACAAAUAAUAUGGACAAUGCGGUUUUAACAAAAAAUGAAUGAAAACUCGUAAUUUUUAUUUUGAUGACAUUUCUCAUUUUAUGCUGAUAGUAUGGUAAUAUUUCUUUUAAUCUUUAAAAGUAAAGCAAGGCGUAUUUUUUUUUUUUAAUCUGAUAGCUUUAGCAUUUUUGGCUUCUCAGAAUUGAUCAGGUGGUGGCAAACUUUUUUAACAAUGCCUAUGUUUCUGCCCUUUUGACUAAAUUAUUAUGGCCUAUCAUUCUUUUAAAACUAAACAGUUUCAUUACAGUAAAUAUUUAAUGAGCACAAUCUUUUUUUUAUAGGUUAAUGUUCCUUUUUUUCUUUUUUUUAGUUUGUUUCUGUUUAUAAGCUAGAGAGAUAAUCUAGACUAAUUGCAAUGUCAUUGUUAAAUAAAAAUGUUAAUGUUCUGGAAGGCAUAAAUUAUCUUAUUUCGUAACCAAUAGUUCUUUAUUUGUACACAACGUUUGUUUGCUUUUGCUUUUUUAAUAUGUUAAUAUUAUAAAGUAACACUUUUUUAUAAUACUAAUAUUAUUUUUCUUUUGAAAUAAUUACCUUGUUUUGUUUACUAAAAAUAAUGGUAACUAACAGUAACGAAGCUAAACAUUCGCUGUUUUUGUGUGUUUUAUUUUAAAAAGUGUGCAUGCCUUUUUUUCAAGUAGCAUUAUUAAUAAAAUUUUUAAGUAUAUUUUUAGAACGUUUCAAAUUUUUUGUAAAAAUGAAUAUCAUUUAUUUACUCAUUAAAGAUUCUAACUUAGGUCUCAUUUCCUUUUUUCUCAUUAUUACUGUUUCUGGCAUGUUUACAUAAUUUUUUUUUUAAUUCACACAAAACUCAAUAUAAUUGCCUGACAUCAAAUAAAUAUAUAAUUGACUGUCAUUUCAUCUUUGAUAUCAAAUAAUGCAUAAUUAUAUUUUGAAUCUGGCUAUACAUAAAAUGUUAUUACUGUUGAUUUAUUCGUUAAGCAAAGGGGGAAACGUCCAGAAAUAAAAAAAAUAACUGUGAGUUAAAGUACUUAAUAUGUCUUAUGAUGCUUUAAAUUUUAAUAAAAUGUUAUUAUACUUUUAAUUUUCUCAGACACCUUUUCGAAGCAAGAGUUUUCAGCGAUGGUUACAUAAACGAAUCAGUGAAUUAAUAAUUAAAUAGAAUAAUAAUUUAAUAAAAUACAUUAUUAUUGUAGACUUAAAACAUUAAAUGCAAUAUUCGUAAUAAUAAUAUGUUUUUAGGCACUAUUUCAAUCGAAAAUAACAAAUGAUUCCGUUUUAAUUGCACAUUUUAAUAGUGAUUUUCUGUGAUGUAAAAUUCUAUCUUCUACAUUCUAAAUUAAAUUGGACUAUUCUGAUGUAAUUUAGGUUAUCCCCAGGCUCACCUGGAAGAUGAUUGUUUUGUCUACAUCAAAGAAAAGGAAAACCGGACGUGCACGUGCACCGAUGUUAGCAAAAGUAUUUUACGGUCAAAAAUCACUUGGUCAGCUGAACAUGAAAUCAUGAACAUUGAAACAAACAGAACACUUAUAAGGAGCAUCUCUUUAUUUGGUAAAGUUUAAAUUGAUGUAUCUAUUAUCUUAUUCGUAUUAAAUUUAAGUGUAUCCUGUAAUGUAAACUAUAUGCAUACUAGGGAUUAACCGUGGUCCGAGUAAUUUGAAACAAUACCCGCUGGGUCCAAGUGCUAUAAAAGAAUGUUAACUUUUCAUUUUCCAUAAUAUAUGUUGUCCGGUACACAAUAGAUAUAUAGACAAUCCUAUACCAUACCCACAGGGCCUUAAACAAUAUGCCUACAGACAGUCCUGCACCAUACCCGUUACUCUUUAUUGAUUAAUACUGAUUAACAUAAUAGUCGCCUCCGAAAAAGUUAAAAUAUCGAGCCAGGUUUCAACCGUCACUCAUGACGCUCGCUGCUGGACAGCUUUAUUUUUUAUCCCACUCAGUACUAUUAAUAUAAAACAAGUUGAUUAGGGGAGAUGGCCGGUUGCUUUAAGGUUGCCACUUCAGAAACAAAUAUAUAACAGUGAUAUGUGCUAUCUCUUCCUCAGGAGGUUUUAUUGUCUAUAACAUAUAAUUUUUAAUUAACAUAUUAAUAGCUUGAAAGCAAUCGCUUUGUUUAUAUUACAUCACUUUGAAAUUCUACUUUUCCUUUUUCUGUUAGAAAGUUUCAACUGUAACUAUAAAAACAAUAUAUAUUGAUUGCAAUCCAUUAAAAAUUAUAAAAUUUAAUGAAUCAUCUUUUGAACAACCAUUAGUAGUUUCAAUUUUAUUAUGGUUUGGCAUAUUUCCAAAAUAUUUCAUUAGUUUAGUGCAAAAGUCCAACGCUGUUAGAAAAUCUUACAUUACUCUCUGAAAAAAUCCUUGUUUUAAGAAGAGUGGCAUAUUAGGCUAAUAUGAGAUGGAGACGAUGAUGGAGAUAUAGAAGAUUAUAAAAAUUUAAUGAUUAAAUACAAUCAUAGUAAAUCUUUUACUCAAAAGCAUUCGUUGACUUUUACAUUAACAAUUAUAUUUUCGUAGUGGGUAGCAGCCAUCACUCAGAAAAGAUAUCGGCCAAUCGAUUCCAAAUAAGUCGAUGCUUUUUAGGUCAAUCCGUCCCGUUUACAUGCAUAUACAACCUUUCAAAUUACUUAUGUAAAAAUUUACAUUAGAUUAAUCGUUCUUUAAAUAUCAAAUUACAUGUAUUAAAAUAUUUGUUAUCUUUAUUGAUCUAUCUUUUUUACACUCCACAAAUUUUGCUGACAUUAUAAACCACUGUCGUUUUGUAAAAUUUAAAAUAAAUGGUAAUCAUUUAAUUUUAAAUAACUGAUUGAUAUUUUAAUUAAGAUGUAUUGCCAUAAUCUAUGCUCUUCCCUCCUGUAUCUCUUCUUAAAUUAUUUUAAUACAAUAUGUUUUUAAAAAAAAUAUUUUCAGAGGGACAAUCCUUUACAUGCACCAUAAGAAAUACGAUGAAUUUAACCAAUAGAAUUAAUUAUAUCUUAAAACGCAAUUGUAAGUAAUUUAAUUGGAGUAUUCAUUGAUUAACCCAAAAUUAAGUUAUUAUAAAAUAACUAAAUUGGGACCAAUACACAUAUUAUUAAAUACGAGUAAACACAUUGUUUGACAUAUUUAAAAAUAUUUUUUGUUAAAUAACUGGGUUUCGGACGAAGUUUGCUUUUUAAAUAACACUUAGUAUUAUACGUUUUAUCUGUGCACAAAGAAAAAACUUAAAGAGAAUAAUGAUUCUAUUCUAAUCAUAGUAAUCUAAUACAGACCCUUUUUUCUAAUAAAAUUUGUUAUACUUAUGUAAUUAACAUAUCUGCUUUUUUUUAACAAUUAACCCACAAACAUAUCUGUAACAUUAAACGCUUUCAUUUAGCAACAUUAUGACAAAACUAUGUUAUUGGUAUAAAACUGAAUCAAGACAAACGCAUAUUAAAUAUUAUACAUGAUGCAUUUUUCAGAUAAAUUACCCGAUACAGAUACUGAGGUUAAUUUUAUUGCUUUAGGAGCAGGUGUUGGUGCUGGACUAUUGUUACUGGUGGCUACACUGGUGUUUUGCUUUGUUUUUCAAAAGGAAGGUCAGUGUCCUAGUGUGUAUUUGGGUUUUGCAAGCUAAGUUUGGAAAUAGUUCAAAUUUUGCCUUGCAUGCAUGUUCAUCAUUAACGCAAAAUAACUUUCCAAAUAAAACAUCUAUACCGUUAGGCCAGAGUCACCAUGUCGAUUAAGAGAAGAUUACAAUAUUAAAAUUGUUUUUUUUAAAGUUUUAUUAGUUCUCAACAAAAUGAAAAUCUGGAAGGCUUCAUAAUGAUUCAAAUGUGACUUUAGUGACGAUUAAAUGCCACCAGCAAUCAUGUAUGGCAUUCCUCUAUUGUGAACUAUCACAGGUGAUUGAUAGCUCAUGAAGGCAAAAGUGCUGUCCUAUAUAGUUUUACUCGAUAUUUUGGAAUCAAGAGCAAUAUUUUAUGAACACUGAAUCUAUAGAAAUAUAUUUUAUAGGCAAAAUCAAAAGAUGUACAUUCUUUUUUUCCUUCAAGGUUUUAUUACAUUAAAAAUAUUCUAUUAAACUGUGGUCCUAUUUAGCAUCGCUUUUUAGCACAUCAAUUUGUGGCACUUCCGCUAUAUGUAUUUAUCAUGCGGUAACUUGUUGAAACCAUACACAUUUACUAAAAAAUUGUUGAAUAAAACAAAAACAUAAUAACAACAUUCUCUAUUUUUAUGGCAAUACUGUGGAGAAAUUAUAGAGCAUUAUCAUUCUUUAAUUUGAGCUUAAACCAUUGCUCAAUCUUUUUCUCAUGCUGUCUAUGAUGCUUCCAACGAUUAUUCUAUAUGACCAGUUUUCGAAAAGAAUAGACGAUUCACCGGAAGCCAUUUCACCUACUGGCUAUUUUGCAUCUGGAAAAUUUCUACACGGGCCCUUUCUUUGAAAAAAAUAGAGAAAUUAUUUGCAUAAAAGUAACAAUAUAAAUUAUUUUUAAAAUGUUGAAAAUUCAAGAAAGUACAUGUAUCAUAUAAAUGUCAUACACGAGAGAGGUCAUGUAAUAUUUUGGUCUGUGUUUAAUCGAAAAUUAAGAUCAGCCAUGAUCAUCUGUUUUAUCGAUGUUUGCACUAAAUAAAUCGAACGUGUAAUUGAUUUAUAUUGCCCACAUUGCAUAUUCAAAAUUUGGGUCACGUUUUUAAAAAAAUAAUUAUUGACGUAAAAAUUUUAGCCAAAAUUGAGCCUUGUAAAAGUGUGUGUAAUAACGGUUAUGAGUCAUUAUCCUAGCUUUCUGGCUCCUUAUUCUCAAUAUUAGUACCUGCUUUUUAAGCAUGAAUUGCGAUGACCGACAUACUGUUCAAUUUUUAGUUGUUAUAAAGUAAAAGAAAGUCUAUACAAAUUAAAAAUUAUUGAGUAAAAUAGGAUAGAAAGCUUCAAAUGUAUAUAUGUUUUUUGGUUUAUUUUAUUUUAUGUUGAAAAUUAUUAAAGAUUGAAAGAUCGCCUCUGUCAUUAACUACACCUUUAGUAUAUGUUUUAACAAAUACACUCAUUUAAAUUUUAUGUUACAGACUUGUGCCUCAUCAAAACUAAUUCAAG